GGAGGCUCUCCAAAAGUUACAGCACAUAAAUAUGACUUUUGCACCGGCUGGAAAAGCAAACGCUCAUGCCAGGCCCAGUAGGAGUGGCAGCAGCGAUAGCAGCAGGGCCUCCUCAGGUGAUGUCGGGAGAUCAGUAGGAACUAGAGAAAAAAGGAAGAGCCUCUCUAGUUCAUUAGCCAAACGCUUCUGCUGCUCGGAAGGAGCCGCCGUCUUGAACCUUCCUCUCCGCCUCCGAAACCUGCGCCGGGAAAGAUUGACCCUGUAAAAUGAAGCUUUUGUUUUUAAUAGCCCUCAUUUGCCUGUUUCCUCAAAGCAAAGGGAAUCCAUUAAGCAAUGGCAGUGAUGGCUACCAAAGAACAUUUGAAGACAUUAAAAGGGAAAUAGCUGGCUAUUCAGAGAUUGCUAAGAAGAUUAUCAACCUGGCUGUUCAUGGCAAGGCUCAGAACAGAUCUUAUGAAAGGCUUGCCCUUUUUGUGGACACUAUUGGGCCAAGGCUGAGCGGCUCCAGAAAUCUAGAACUGGCUAUCCAAUACAUGUAUAAAGCUUUGAAGAAAGAUGGGCUGGAAAAUGUCCACUUGGAGCCAGCAAAAAUUCCCCACUGGGAAAGGGGAGAAGAGUCGGCAAUGAUGGUGGAACCACGCAAGCACACCAUUGCUCUUUUAGGGCUGGGCAGCAGCAUUGCAACUCCUCCAGAAGGCAUUACGGCUGAGGUCUUAGUGGUGACUUCCUUUGAUGACCUGCACAAAAAAGCUCAAGAAGCCCCUGGAAAGAUAAUUGUUUACAACCAGCAAUUUGUCAAUUAUGGUGAAACAGUACAGUACAGAGUUCGAGGAGCCGUGGAAGCAGCUAAAGUGGGAGCGAAAGCAACCCUUAUCCGGUCUAUUACUUCAUUUUCAAUUAACAGCCCACACACUGGGAUACAAGCAUACCAAUCUGAUGUACCCAAGAUUCCCACUGCCUGCAUUUCAGUGGAAGAUGCUGAAAUGAUGGCCCGCAUGUCUUCCCGGGGCACCAAGAUUGUUGUGACUCUGAAGAUGGGAGCCAAAACCUAUCCUGACGUUGAUUCUUUUAACACAGUUGCAGAGAUAGUUGGGAGUAAAUACCCUGAGCAGGUUGUCCUGGUCAGUGGACAUCUGGACAGCUGGGAUGUGGGGCAAGGAGCCAUGGAUGACGGUGGUGGAGCAUUUAUAUCAUGGGAAGCAUUAUCUCUCCUUAAGGAUCUUGGGCUCCGUCCCAAGAGAACUCUGCGUUUACUGCUUUGGACUGCAGAAGAACAAGGUGGAAUAGGAGGUGAACAAUACUACAAGAUGCAUAAAGAAAACAUCUCCAACUUUGACAUUGUGAUGGAGUCCGAUGAGGGAACAUUCAUGCCCACCGGCUUGGCUUUCACAGGUAGCAGUAAGGCUUGUGAUAUCAUGAAGGAGAUCAUGAAAUUGCUCAAGCCCAUUAACAUUACUGAUGUCUUUGAAAAUGGUGGAGGAACAGACAUUAAUUACUGGAUACACGAUGGAAUACCAGGGACAGGAAAUCAGAUAAAUGACUUCUACAGAAUUACAGGUAGCACAGGUGGCUGGCAUCCAAAAAGGCAGAGAUGGGGCAGGGGGGAACCCAAGAUGCCGGAGACAAAGAAAUGUGCCAGCCUGCGUGAUGAUAUCACUAGAUACUUCUGGUUUCAUCAUUCCCAAGGAGACACAAUGACAGUUCAGGAUCCAACCCAGAUGAAUCUCUGUGCCGCUGUUUGGACUGUUGUGUCCUAUGUAAUUGCUGACAUAGAUGAGAUGAUACCAGUGUAAAGAGAAAGAAAGAAAGAAGAUUGAUCUUUUCCAGCAUAGACCAGGAAUGCACAUGACCUACACUUGAGAAAUAUAUUUUUAUGACCCACUCUAGUUGUGAUUGUAAUUUGUUUUUAAUAUUAUGUUUUAUAUUGCUCUGACUUGCCCUGUGACCUUCUAGUGAAAAGCAGGUAAUAAAUCUAGUAAUAAUAAUAGUGCUGUAUCUCCUUAAAAACUAUUCAGUGAUGUCUCUUUAACGAUGUAGGCCUGUUUUAAUUUACUGAUUUAAUACCUUCCACUUGUGAAAUUUGUUUCCUGCUACCUAUAUUAAAUUCUGUGGCUUUUCUUAGAGCUGCUCUUUUCUCUGCUCUGCAAUGCUACAAGAGCUGUUGGCAAAUAAGUGAACCUAUUUACCUCCUGGGUACUUCAAAUAAAAUUGUUGUAUUAUCCUA